ACGUUCGUUUAAUUUUCUUAUUACGGCGCCAUCUUGUGUUGUUUUUUGUAAUUUUUAAAUUUACUGCCGCUGCCGCCAUUAUUUAUUUUUUUUACAUAUAUGUAUAUAAAUAUAUAUAAAUAUUAAUACUGUUUUUUGUGAUUGGCUAGUAAAUAAUUUUUGAUUGUAUUUAUUUAUUUAUAAAUUUGCAAAAAAUGGCAUCGACAAGAGAAAAACGUGCGAAUGCCGGUAAUAAAAUGGCAAAGUUGUUAAAUGAAGAAGAAGAAGAUGAUUUUUAUAAAACAACUUACGGUGGAUUUGAAGAAGUUGAACAAGACAAUGAUUAUAUGGAAGAAGAUGAAGGUGAAGAUGAAGUUGAUUCAGAUUUUAGUAUCGAUGAAAAUGAUGAGCCGGUAUCAGAUCCUGAACAGGAAGGGCCGAAGAAGAAACGUAGAUUAGUAACAAAGGCUUACAAAGAACCUAAGCCAGUUGCUGCACAGCCGAAGACAAUUACUAAAGAAAAAAAACCCCGUAUUAUUAAAAGAAGAAAAUUUUUAAAUGACAGUACAGGAAGAAAGUCUAUAAGAAGAUCAACGGCUGCUAAGUCGGCGGCAACACAAAGAAGAUUAAAAGAAAGGAAUGAAGAUCAGAGACGGAAAGUCAAGAAAGUAAGAAAUGAUGUCUGGAAGCCUACGCAAGAAGAACUUUUGGAAGAAGCAUUGGAGACUGAAGAAAUAAAUCUUAAAUCACUUGAAAAGUACCAAAAGCUUGAGAGCGAAAAGAAAAACACUCGAGCUGUAAGAAAAACUCAGUCCCAGCCGAUGAUAAGGUAUCAGUCAUUAUCAAUGCCAAUAAUGGUGCUAUCAGAGACACCUGAUAAAGAAAAUGAAAAAACAACAAUCAAUGAUGAAGACGACAAACCAGCUGACGAUUCAAAUGCAAACACACAGUCAGACACACCUGAGUCAAUUAAAGAAACAGAUGGCAAAGACAGUGAUAGUAAAUCAGAGUCUAAUCAACAGACAAAGAAAAAGUCUAAUGAGAAUGAAGCAGCUCACAAAGGAUAUUACGAGAGGACAUUUAUAACUUUUGAGUCAGACAGAUUAUUUCUUAAAGCAUUUAAGAAAACUCCCGCACCUAGACGGACUUUGAGGUCACUCUGUGCUAUCACUAGAUUGCCAGCAAAGUACCGGGAUCCAGUAACGAAUUUACCUUACCGUAAUAUCCAAACAUUUCGGCUGCUACGAGAAGCUUAUUAUCAGCAAUUGGAAACAAAGGUUGACACAAGUGAUACCGCAAAUAAUGCUGAUUUAAUCAGAUGGUUGGAGUGGAGACAGAAAAACCAGCAUGCAGUCCAAAAAAAUACAGUAAGACUUGAGUCAGCGUCGAUUUAUUCAACGCCUUAGCGUGAAACUACGUCAGAUUUAGCUUUGUUUAAUUCUGAAAAUAAAAUCAAUAACAAUCCGACGUCAUGCUACAUAUUGCUCCUUACUAAGUGACCAAUAUCUCAUUGCUAAUAAUAAUAAUAACAACAAUAAAAUAGAACAAUGAAUAUUUUUUUACUUGAGGUCAACAAAAAAAGUCUUUAAUAUUUAUUUGAUUACUUAAUUUUUUUUUUUUAGUUUUGUCUCUAUUUUAUUUGGUAAUUAUUAUUAUUAUUAAUUAUUAAUUUAUAAAUAAAUAAAUGAAAGAAGUUUCUUAA